GUGGGCGGAGCAAUCGGCGAUCCGGUUUGAAUGUCGGAGCGAGAGGCGCCAAGGCAGGAGGGCUUCAGGAAAGGAGGCUCUGUCACGGUGCAGCGUAUACGCUAACUUACGUUACUGGUGGCUUGCUUACUCAGCUCAACGGAAACCAGCAUCUUCGUACGCAGCUGAUGGUGUGUGCAAAAGGGGGAGAUUGCCACGCGGGUACAGUUCUGUGAGGUUUAAGAUGGACACUGCAGAAGAACCUCAAAAAAAAAUUUUUAAAGCCCGAAAAACAAUGAAGGCAAGUGACCGCCAACAGUUGGAAGCUGUGCACAGAGUGAAAGAAGAUCUGUUGAAACCUACAGAGUUAAAGUUGGUUAAUGGAAACCAUGAAAACGGUGAUUCAGAUAUGAAUUUGGACCACAACGAUUCCGACCCUAUGGAGGAGAAAAAGGAUUUAAAUGGCAUAAAUAUCAACAGUGACACUCAUGAUUCUGUUGUUAAACUGUCUGAUAUUAAGGAAGGUUUAAUAAAUGAUGACCAAACUAGUGAUUUAGAGUUACCACUUGAUUUUGAACUUCCCGAGAGUAUUACAUGUCAAGAAGAUACAAACAAAAUUAUGACUAGUGGGACUGCUGACCAGCUCUGUUUAUCGGACAGUGAACAACAACUUGAUGAAAAGACUACUGCUCUUGAUGAAGUAGACCAAAGAGUGCAAGAAGCACUGCCGUUAGCAGAAAAUAUCCCUAGUGAUACUGAAUUUUCAGAGCAGCAGAUUCUGUCCAAUAUUCUUGAAGAAGACAAAAGUCCUGAUGUUCUAGAGGCUGUACAAAACAUGGAAGAUGAGAAUCCUGUGGAACCUACCAUUGAGAAAGAGUUGGAACAUGAAGACAUGGACACCGUAUCAGGGAGCCCUAUUGCUAAAGCAGAAAAUGAAACAGAGGAGCAUAUGUUUAAAGAGCCUUUUGAUACAGUACCUGUAGAUUCUGAUAAUACUGUAGAAAAGGAUGGGAGUUUGAAUGAAGAACAUCAUGAAAAUGAGGCAGAUUAUAAAAACUUACCUGACAAUGAAAUGCACAAUGCUGAGGAUGCUGAAGAAAAUAGUGUGCCACAGGAUAACAUAGACGUGAAUGAACCAAAUAUUUUACCUGAUAUGGCUGUGUCAGAAGCUGGGUACUCUUCAGAGGAAAAAAGGGAAACCUCAGAGACUCCGUCACCGCAACAGGAUGUUGGGGAAGAAGCCAUAUCAAGUAGUAUGGAGGUUGACCAAAUUUUGAAAACUGAAGAGCAAAUCUCUUCUCCAGGAGAAGUUCCUAUUGACACACCUGUUUCAGACCUACAGGCAGUUACUGAAUUAGAAAGUUCAGAUACAAUGGAAACUGAUGAAAUAAUACCGAUUCUUGAAAAGCUGGCGCCAGUGGAAGAUGAGCUUCAGUUUUUUGUAAAACCUGAUUUGCUAUCUGAAAGUGUUGGUGAUGCAGAGGAAGAAAAAACUGAAAACAAUGCAACUUCUCCAAGCAAAAAUGAUGUCAGUGAGACUCUACCAAGCGAAGCAUUUUUGGUUCUCUCUGAUGAGGAAGAACUGUCUGGUGAAAGUACAACACUGAAAGAAAGCAUCUCAAAUGAACAAGAUACGAGUGAAGUUAUUGCUGAACAACCAGAAGAGAAAGAUAAAGAACAGAAAAAACAGGAAAAUUCAGAUGAGCCUCAAGCAGAGAAAACUGAGACUUCCCGACGGAAGCGUUCUAAAUCUGAGGAUUUAGACAGCCAGAUCUCCAAACGGAGGCGGUUUGAGGGUGACGAGUAUGAAGCAGAGUUACAGGUUAAGAUCACAGCAGGAGAUGAUCUAAACAAGAAACUGCAGAAUGUGAUCCAGAAGCUGUUUGAAGAAAAACUUAGUGCCUUGCAGUGUAUAGAGUUUGACAAAGCAAUUGCUGAGCUGAAAACACGAGUGGAGAAAAUUGAGUGCAAAAAACACGAGACUGUUCUGCAUUCCAUGCAGGCUAAAAUAACCCGGCUGACGAGACGCUUUGGAGCAGCAAAGGAAGACCUAAAGAAGAGACCUGAGCAAACCACAGUAACCCAGCCAGCAUCAUCACCAGGGAAGUCUGCAGCAAGUGAUUCUGCUCCAAGUGCAAACUCUGUGGCCUACAGGGCUGCUGGUACUGUCAGACAAAUGUUGGAAUCAAAACGAAAUGUAGGAGAAACUACUACACCUAAUGUGCAGCCCUUACCUGCUGCUCCACCUUCUGUCCCAAGCACUUCUUCUAAUUUAACACUUCGCACAUCAAACACCACACAGAUGCCUGUAAGCCAAUCCCCUGUUAAUACUACUCUUCAAACCAGGGCACCACCUGACUGGAAACUAAUUCAGCAGAAAAUUAAUGCUUCAAGUAUUGGAACUUCUCAAAAUACUUUCAGCAGUCAAUCCAAACCUAUUACACCAGUUACUAUGACUUCAGUUCUACCUACACCUAGUACUGCUACAGUUGUUGGAAACGGUCAGGUGCCUACCAGCAGCACCCAGACAACUCUUUCAUCCCUGCCUUUCAUUCUACAUGUUCCAGUUGCAAUGCCCUCCCAGCCACAACUCCUACAAAGCACAACCGGAACACUGGUGACGAAUAAGCAGUCUGGCAAUGUUGAGUUCAUCCCAGUACAAAAUCAGUCUACGGUUGGCAGUCUCUCAAAAACACCAAUGUCAGUAUCUGUAACCAAAGCAAUCAAUAGCCCUUCAAUGCCCAGCCCAGGCAUCCAGCGGAAUUCCCCUGCCAGUUCCAUUGCUUCCACAUUGACUGUACAGGCUAUUCCCACAACCCAUUCAGUUACUUUAUCAUCCAGACCCUCACUGCCAACUGUUGGAACCUCUGGUACAUACAGUCAAGCAAGUAAUCGGAACACAGCACAGUUAAAGUCGCCAGUAUCUGUAUUUAACAGUUCAAUCUCAUCUGACACACCUUCUGGAGGUAGAUCAGAACUACAAACCAACCGGACACAGACAGCAGAGCCUGCAGCAAGCAAGCGCACCGAGAGCAGUGCAUUGGGUGGAAAAGCUGGAGUCAUUGAUCUUACACUGGAUGAUGAAGAUGUGGUGCUGACUUCUCAAGACUCCAGAAGGACUAACUCUGCAGCUGUAUCAGGAACGGUUCAGUCAUCACAACCAGUAGCUCGUCCUGCACAGCCUUCACAGGCAAAUACUCUGCAGACAUCCACUGCACCUGCAGGACUUCCUUCACAGGCCACAAUACAUGUUUUACCAACAGCUCAAACAACUGUUAAUAUAACACAGCGACAAGGAACUCAAGCAACACCAAGGGCUUCAGCUCCUCGAGCACCUAACAACCCACACAUGGUUUACACAUCAACAACCCUUCCCACUGUACCUGUGCAGACACCUGUACGCAACACUGUCAUGCAAAGUCAGAACCUACGGCAGAUCAGUCCACAAACUGGAGGAGUACCUGUAAGAAUGCCACAAGCCACAGCUUAUGUUGUAAAUAAUGGGAUGCCUUUAAGUACUACUGGACCACAACUCACAGUUCAUCAUCGACCACCUCAAGAACCGGCUAGACCAAUCCACCCAGCACCUCUUCCUGAAGCUCCUCAACCUCAGCGCCUUCCUCCUGAAGCUUCUUCGACUUCUGCUCCUCAGAAACCUCAUUUAAAACUGGCCAGAGUACAAAGCCAAAAUGGAAUUGUUCUCUCUUGGAGUGUAUUAGAAGUAGAUCGCAGCUGUGCCGUUGUAGACAGCUAUCACCUAUAUGCUUAUCACGAAGAUCCAACUGCAACAUCUCCGUCACAGUGGAAAAAGAUUGGGGAAGUGAAAGCACUACCUCUUCCCAUGGCAUGUACUCUAACACAAUUUGUUUCUGGCAGUAAAUACUAUUUUGCUGUUCGGGCGAAAGACAUUUAUGGACGCUUUGGACCAUUCUGUGAUCCGCAAUCAACAGAUGUUAUUUCUACUCAGAGCAGUUAGAAAAGUUGAGUAGAAGCUUUAUAGUACUUCCUGUUAUGGUUCUGUAGCCAGGACCUCAUGCAUGAAAUCUAAUUUAGAGGAACUACUGGGUUCUCUUAAUGGGGACCAUGUACAGCACUUGCCAGGUGUCACAAAAUGGGCUACAUUUCUGCCAAGUUUAUUUUUUUUUCUUUCUGUUGUAAAUCACCGCAGAAUGUGAAUGAAGCUGGUUUUCCCCUUUUUACACUAAUUUUGAAAGUUCACAAAUCAGUAGACAAAAAUACAUUUCCCUGAAAUGCGGAUAAUUGUAUAGGUGAUGUAAAUAUUAUGUAAAAUGACCUACUGAAAGAGGAUGGUUGGGUAAACUCAUUUGAAACAGAGGGAACCACUUGCCGUGAUUUUUGGUUAUUGUAGCUUUUAGAAAGGACAAGUAUUACAGAGGAAUCCAGUGUUUCAUGGUUUGUUCAUUCAUGAAGACAAAACCUGUAUUUGAUCUCCACUGGCUGGGGGCAUUGACAUCUAACAGUUAUUUGUGCUGUUUAGUAAUAAUUAUCAACCUGUUUUCUUGUGGUUUAUUCUGCUCCCUGCCGCAACCUUUUAUACUUUUCUGUGACUUAUCUUCUGUCUAUCUUUGGUGCCUUAACUUGAAUAGGAAUGAUUUUCAGUAUUUGAUCUGCAGGUUCCCCUUUUUUGAUUUAGUAAAUCUGCCCAUACCCAGGCGCCAAAGAGCAAUUUUUAACUUCAGUGUUUUUAAGUUUCUAUUCCUGCUGCUUUGUUGUUUUUUCUCCUUCACACUAUUAAUCUUUUUUUACCUACAAAUUACAUGCUUGAAUAAAAUUUUAGUUCAGGAGUUGUGCAGCCUUUUCUGUGCAGCACACUAGUCAUCUACUACAGUUUACAGUUUACAUUGUUAUGGUGUUCGAACAUAUGUUUUUAAAUAUUUAGUUGGAUUGGUUGCAUAUCUAUCAACUUUUAAAACUUGACUGUGCCUCCAUAAAAGGAAUUUUUAUUAUAUUUGGAUAUAAAUGCAUGAACUUCAUAAGUACAAUAUUUCCUCACUAAUGUGGUGUUUUGGGUUUUGUUUUUGUUUUUUUGUUUUUGAGGAUAAGUAUUUUUGUAUUAUAGAUUUCCUCCUAAUACAAACUUUCAAUAUAGGAAGAAUAUUUUUUUUUUUAGUUACAAUAACUCAAAUUAUAUGUCUGUUUUUGUGUAAUGCAAACCCCAUUGUGUAUAUUGGAAUUGUGCGGAUGUAAUUUUUUUUAUUAUUAUUUUUAUAAGUACAUUUGUUAUUGCAACUGCAGUACAUGGUCAGUUAGGAUUGUGCUUGGUAACAGCUAUCCAGAAACUUGACAUUAAGAUUUCAGCAGCUGGAAAUUUUUCCAUGAUUUUUAAACUCACUCCACCUCCUGAUAUACUGAUCCUCAAUUCUGAGCAGGUAAGCGCUGAACAUUGAGUUGUAACACUCUGAUUGCGAGAAAUAUUGUUACAUUGUAAAUAAAUAUUUUUUAAAAACUUG